AUGCCUGAUGAGAUCAAGACGGAGAUGAACUACAACUUAGAGGAGCUCGACAAUGAGUCGUUGGCGUACGUCAACAGACUCUUUGCUAAGAGGUACAAGCAGUGGAAGAGCGACUUGCACCACCAUUUUCAGGCAUUUGAUGAUCCGCAAGUCGCUCUUCAGGAGGGUUGCCCAAAGGAGCUUGAAGGGCGGAGGGAUAGUUGGGCGUGGCUCUACGCUCAUUUUCAGGGGCCCGAUUAUGUGGCAAUAAUGUUCAUGCAGUUGUUAAAUCAUGUUUGCCAACAAAUGUGGAUUGUUUCUGCAUGCGUGACGAAGAGCAUUUCGUCACGCAAAGUUAUUUUGAGUCGCACAAAUUUCAGCGCGACAGAAAAUUCAUCACGCACAAUCCGUCGCUCAAAGAGCAUGAAGAAAGACUUUGCGCGACCAAGUUUUUGCAUUGGUCGUGCAAAACUGAGCGACGGUUAA